GGUGCUGCUGAGAGCAGGGUGACCUUUGUGGCUGGGCUGCACGAGUGUGGCAGCAGCCUGCAGCUGACCCCUGACUCCUUGAUCUACAAAACCAGUUUGUCCUACAAGCCUACUCCUUCUGGCAACCUGGGGAUUGUAAGGACCAACCCUGCUGUGGUUCCUAUUGAGUGUCACUACCCCAGGAAGGGCAAUGUGAGCAGCCACGGUGUGCGGCCCACGUGGGCUCCCUUCCGCUCCACCCUGUUGGCGGAGGAGAGGCUGACGUUCUCCCUGCGCCUCCUGACCGAUGACUGGAGCACUGAGAGAGUCUCCAAUGGCUUCCAGCUGGGGGAGAGGCUGCACCUGGAGGCUGCUGUGGCUUCUGGGGGCCAUGUCCCCCUGAGGCUCUUUGUGGAUGAGUGUGUGGCCACCCUGAGUCCCGACAGGACCUCCUCUCCCCGAUAUGCCUUGAUUGAGCUUGGCGGGUGCUUGGUGGAUGGGAGAUCAGAGGACAGCUCCUCAGCCUUCAUCUCUCCAAGGCUGAGGCAGGACACGCUGCGCUUCACAGUGGAUGCCUUCAAGUUUGCAGGAGAUGAGAGGAACUUGAUCUAUCUCACCUGCCAGCUGAAGGUCUCCCCAGAGGACCAAGCCCCAAGUCCCUGGAACAAGGCCUGUUCCUUCAACAAGGCCAGCAGCCUCUGGGCUCCAGUGGAGGGCACAGGAGACAUCUGCAGCUGCUGUGAGACAGGCAACUGUCCAUUGCAUGGAGGAUACUCCCAGAGAAUCCACUCUCCAGCCAGGUGGUCCAGGAGGCGCUUGAAGAGAGACAUCCCUUCCAAGCAAGGUGGAUCCUCCGUGGUGGCAGAGGCUGAAGUCUCCCUUGGACCACUAGUGAUCCUUGAUCCAGCUCAGGAAUUGUGGACUUCCUCAGGAGGUCCUGCCCCAGUAGGGAAGACCCCACCUGGUGCUGCUGAAGGUCUUCCUGUGCUGGUCCAAGUUGCUGUUCUCAUAGCGGCUGCUGUGUUGACCUUGAUUGCUCUUGGUGUGUUCCUCUGGUGCAGAUGAUGCAGCUGCCCUCCUGGAGUGUCUCUGUAA